UCGGGAAACCGAGCCUGCAGCGCAGGCGGCUGGGGCCCUGGCGACUGGGACUGCGCCUGCGGGUCGGGAAUCCCCCGGAGCAGGAGCGCGUCGCCGCGCCGCCCUUACCGGUGCCGGCCCUUUGGUCCCCGCCCUUCUCCCCCGUCGGUUCGCAGCCCCGGCCGCGGCCCAGCGGCUACAGAGGCCGAGGGGCCGCCACCCGGAUCCCAGCGCUCGGGCGGCGAAGGCACCACGUGUCCGGCCCGGGCUGGCGCGGGCGGAGCGGGCCGUGCCCGGCUCCCCCAGCCCGAGCGCACACCCGCGGAGGCGCCGGGUCCCAUCCAUACCCGACGCCGGCCCAGCCGGCCCCCGGCCUCCCUGGCGCGCGUGGAUGCCUCUUCCUGGACGGCGCGAUGGGGCCCUUCUGGGAGAACAAGGGUGCCUCCUCCUGGACGGCGGCAGCGGCGGCGCGAGGAGCCGGCGGGCGGCAGCGCGAUGGGACCCCUUCGGGAGACCAAGAAGGAGCAGAGAGUGCAGCAUCAUGAGAAGGAGAUUUCCCGAAGCCGGAUUCCCCGUUUGAUUCUUCGGCCCCAUCUGCCUCGGCAACAGCACCAAGUGUCCCCAGCCUCUGAGUCUCCCUUCUCGGAGGAAGAGAGCAGAGAGUUCAACCCCAGCGGCUCUGGGCGCUCAGCGAGGACCAUUAGCAGCAACAGCUUCUGCUCAGAUGACACAGGCUGUCCUAGUAGUCAGUCAGUAUCUCCCGUGAAAACGCCCUCGGAUGCUGGCAGCAGCCCUGUUGGCUUUUGCCCUGGAAGUGAUGAAGACUUUACUAGAAAGAAAUGCACAGUUGGAAUGGUUGGUGAGGGAAGCAUCCAGUCAGCUCGACAUAAGAAGGAACCAAAGUCAGGCCUUGUAAAGCCAGCAUACAGGGUCCGGUGUGUAUCGAGGGCACAAUCAACAUUGGUUGACCUCAACAGCAAAGGUAGCGAAGCCGAUUUCAGCUCCUCGAGCAGCACCGGCAGCAUCUCGGCUCCUGAGGUCCACAUGUCUGCUGCGGGAAGCAAGCGCUCCUCUUUCUCACGCAAUCGAGGUCCCCACGGGCGGAGCAAUGGAGCUUCAUCGUACAAGUCUGGCAACAGCCCACCCUCCCCACGGGAGAAGGACCUUCUGUCCAUGCUGUGCAGGAAUCAGCUGAGUCCCGUUAACAUCCAUCCCAGUUAUGCGCCUUCUUCCCCCAGUAGCAGCAACUCCGGCUCCUACAAGGGAAGUGACUGCAGCCCCGUCAUGAGGCGAUCUGGAAGGUACAUGUCCUGUGGUGAAAAUCAUGGUGUCAAACCCCCAAAUCCAGAGCAGUACUUGACUCCUCUGCAGCAGAAGGAGGUUACAGUGAGACACCUGAAGACCAGGCUCAAGGAGUCUGAGCGCCGACUGCAUGAGAGGGAGAGUGAGAUCGUGGAGCUGAAGUCCCAGCUGGCCCGAAUGCGGGAGGACUGGAUUGAGGAAGAGUGCCACCGGGUGGAGGCCCAGCUGGCCCUCAAGGAAGCCCGGAAGGAGAUUCAGCAGCUCAAACAGGUCAUCGAAACGAUGAGGAGCAGCUUGGCCGAUAAGGACAAAGGCAUUCAGAAAUAUUUUGUGGACAUAAACAUUCAAAACAAGAAGCUGGAGUCUCUACUUCAGAGCAUGGAGAUGGCGCACAAUGGCUCUCUGAGGGACGAGCUGUGUCUCGACUUUCCGUGUGAUUCCCCGGAGAAGGGCUUAGCCCUCGGCACGGCUUUCGGCCCGACGGCCGAUGCGCUGACCCCGGAGGAGCCGGCCGUGGAGGCGGGGGCCAGCAGCGAGCUGCUGGGGGAACACAGCGCGGGCCACGGCACAGGUGUGUUCGAUGAGCUGGUGACAGCCACCACCGUGGAGGCCGGCGACCUGGAGCUGCUUCGUGCCAGCCCUGGGGCAAAGGCCCUCGAGUUGGAGGGUCAGGAAGAGGGCAGCGCGGUGGCGGAGCAGGCCGUGCAGACCGACGUGGUGCCCUACAGCCCUGCCGUCUCCGAGCUCAUCCGGCACGUGCUCAAGCUCCAGGACCCCUGUCCCUCCAGCUCCACGUCCCCUGAGGAUGAGUCCGGGGCCGACUCGAUGGAAAGCUUCCUGGAGUCCAUCUCUGCCAUCGUGGUCGAUUUAACUCCAAGAAAUCCAAACUCUGCCAUCCUUUUGUCUCCCGUGGAGACCCCGUCCGCCGAGGUGGGUCCGGAGGCACGUGGGAACCGCCUCAUGAGAGAGCUGGAUUUUGCAGGCUCCGCGGAGGAAAGGCUGGACGGCCUGGUCCCGCUGUCCGGCGGGGGCGUCGUGGGGCGGUACUGGAGCAGCAGUUUCCUGGUGGAUCUCCUGGCCGUGGCGGCCCCCGUGGUCCCCACCGUGCUGUGGGCGUUCAGUACGCAGAGGGGGGGAACGGAUCCCAUCUACAACAUCGGGGCCUUGCUGCGGGGCUGCUGCACGGUGGCGCUGCACUCGCUCCGCCGCACCGCCUGUCAUAUCAAACCCUAAAGAGAAGAUGUCACUUCCGCGUGCCAGUCUGUGCCGCGUGGCCUGCUGCCAGGUGGAGAAGCAGCGGGUCGGCCUGUGGCGGUCUCUGUUCUGUCGUUUUUGCUCCUCGGUGUUUGAUUUGCACUAUACUUAGCUGAAGCCUGUUCACUGUUUAAAACGGGAGGUAUCUUCGAAGGCAUGGAGACCUGGUUCCAGUACAUGUCCCGCCAGUGUGAUACAGAAAGCAUGCUCAUGAUCCCGCCGUGUCGUCUGAGGUGCCCAUACUUAUCCUAGUGGUUCAGGUAGAGAAAAUGCAAAGUUUGCACUUUCAAGACAGCUUCUAUAAGGCUGGCAUGUUAUCUCCUUGCUUUGCUUUUUGCCGUUUUAAAAUGUGUAAUUGUUACAGCAUUCCAGUGGUCUUGUGCAUAGCAGGGGACCGUAACCAAAAAGAAAAAUGUAUUUGUGUCAUUGGUUUGAAGAAGCCUUGAUAGCUCUUUAGUGUCUUACUUGGGGUUGAUAAGGUUUGAGUGUUUGCAGUUUUCUACUAGAUGUAGCUCCAAAGUCUUAAAUGGCUCGUCUGUUCUUAAACCUGUUAAUUGAUGAAACUAUAUGUAAGGUUUACAUUGUAUUAACUUAUUUUUUGCUUAUUAUAUAUAGUGUUUUAUUGAAAAUCGUUUGUAACCACACACUUCAGCAUGAUGAAAAUAAAGAUUAGUGUUUCCAUUUAAAUAAACGUUCUAUCCUCCUAUAAAAUAAUUAUCUCUGUGAUUUUACUUUUACGUAUGAUAAGACAGACUAAAUGGAUAGCAGAUCCUUCUGUCUUUAACAGUAGGGAUCUGUAAAAAUGGAAUUAAAUGAUAAAGAGGGAAAAAUAAUUAUUAAAGAAAGGUGAGGACCUCCUACUCUGUCUUUUAAAAAGCAUUGUUUCUGAAGACAAGUAGCUUUGAUUGUUUGUUUGCUCUGAAAUUAUCCAUACACUUGUUAGUCCACAUAUUUAUUCAGUAAGGAUAUAUUGAGCAUUUUCACGAAAGUUGGGCUGAUUUUGUUUUAAAGCAUGCUAGGGGUUCAGAGAGGGAGAAAAUGCUGCACCAUAUGUCUCCUCCCCUUGGAAUAAUAGGGUGAGAGUGGGUGGCUGGGAAGGGUCACACCAAUCUUGUGAUAUGGGUAUUACUCUGCUUUACAGAUAAGGGAGCUGAGCCUUAAAGAGGUAGAUUGCUCAGGAUCUCAUCUUUCAUCUCUAGAAGCCAAGAUUUCAAGGGUCUGCAAAGCAAAUGACUUUUCCACUUUACACACAAAUGGAAGAGACUGGGGAAUAUUCUAAGUUUUCACCCAGAAACUCUUCUUCCACAGCACUUAUCACCUUUAAACGUACUGUAUUGUCACUUACUAUGUCUUGCUUAUUGCCCAUCUCCCCCACUAAAAUGCUAGGUCUCUGAGGGCAGAGAUCUGUGUUCUGUUUCGUUCACAGAAAAAUGUCAAGAACUUAGAACAGCAGGUGGUAUUUUGUAGGGGUUCUAAAAAUAGCUGUUGAAUGAAUUCAUCCAACAAAUUCUUAUUGGGUGCUCACACGUUAGGCACUUCGCUAGGCCUGUCAUCAAUAGCCAAGGAGACAGACAAGGCUUCUGCCUUCAGGGAACUUACAUUCUGUCUGUGAAAGACACAGAACAUGCCAACAAAUGAACAAAUUAAUUCUGGAGAGUGGUAAAUGCUUCCAAGGGAAUAAGGUGCUUUGACCAAGACUGAUGGGGACAAAGGCAAGGAACACCUGUCUGAAGAAAUAACAUUAGUGCUAAUGGAUGAUAAAGAGCCAGCUGUGGGAAGAUAUGGGAGGUAAAAUUUUGCAGAAAGAACAGAGGCAAAGGCCCUGAGGCAGAAAAGGGCUUGACAUGUUAGAGGGGCAUCAAGGAGACCAGUGUAGCUAGAGCCGAAUGAGGGGUAAGGGGGUGGUUGGAGAAGUGGAAGAGAAGCUAGUUCAUAUGGGGCCACACGUAAACCAUGGUAGGGUUGUUUGAAUUUAUUCCCAGUGCAAUGAGAAAUAUUAACAGACUUUAUACAGGACAAUGGUACAAUCUGGGUUUUUUUCUUUCUUUUUUUUUCUUUUUUUGACUCUGUGGCUGCUAUGUGCAGGAUGUAUUGUACGGAGGCAGGAGUGGCAACAGGAAGACCAUUGUAAUAGUCCAGAUGAGUGACGACAAUUUGGAGGUGGAAGUGGAUAUAGAGAUGAAGUUGAAUAAUUAAAGAAUAGAUCUUGAAAAUAGUACUGAUGCAAUUUUGCUGAUAGAUGGGAUGUGGGGAGGAGAUGAGGUAGAGUUUAAGGAAGAGAGAAAUUUAGGAUCACUCAGGUUUUUGACUUGAGCAUCUGGGUCAAUAGUGGUGUCAUUUACUGAGAAUGGAAAAGUUCAAGAGAAACUAGUUUGGGACAAUAAAUUUGAGAAGUCCGUUAAAUAUGUGGAAAUGUCAAGUGAGUAAUUGAAUGUAUGAAUGUGAAAAUCACAGGAGUCAUCAGGGCUAGGGUUAUAAAAUAGGGGUUCUUCAGCCAUUUACAUACUGUUUAAAACCAUGGGACGGAUGAAAUCAAUCCAGGGAGAGUGUAAAAGAGAAAAGAAGGCCAGGG